UAUCCUCAAACAGGACAGUCAACACACUUCAAAAUGUUCGCAAAGAUCGUUUUCUAUUGCGCUGCCGUUGCAGCUGCUCAAGCAUCCAUCGUCGGACCAUUAGGACUGGGUACCCCCGCUCUGGCUGCUGGACCCUUAGGUAUCGCAAAAGGAUUAAUCGCCGCCGCCCCAGCAGUUGCCACCGUUUCCAGCCAAAGAACCGCCAUCAACCACGUCGCCCCUGCAGGUGCUGCUUCUCUUGGAUAUGGUGCUCCCAUCGCUGCCGCUGCACCCAUCGCCCUCGCCAACGGACUUGUAGCCGGCAAUGGUAUCAUUUCUGGUAAUGGAAUCCUAGCCAACGGUCUUGCUGCUCCCGUUGCCACAGUCUCCACCCAAAGAACAGCCAUCAACCAUGUAGCUCCUGCUGCUCGAAUUGCCGCUCCCAUUGCUGCCGCUGCACCCGUCGCUUUCGCCAACGGACUUGUAACCGCCAAUGGUGUCAUCGCUGGUAACGGAAUCCUCGUCAACGGUCUUGCUGCUCCCAUUGCCACAGUCUCUUCCCAAAGGACCGCCAUCAACCACGUAGCCCCUGCCGCCCGAAUUGCCGCUGCUGCUCCUCUUGCUGCAACCGCACCCAUCACUCUUGCUAACGGACUUGUUGCCGGUAAUGGUCUCCUUGCCAACGGUGUCAUCGCUGGUAACGGCAUCCUCGCUAACGGUCUCGUCGCUGGACACGGUCUUGCUGCUCCCCUCGCCAUUGGAAAUGGUCUUCUCGGAGCCCCAUACGGUCUCGGAGUCGGAAAGCUCGGACUUGCUGCACCCCUCGGUCUUGGUCUUGGAAAAGCCAUCUUGUAAAAAUUUGAUGUAA